AUGAGGCCCGCGUCGUGUCCUGCGGCCGCGCGGCUCCUGUUGUUGGGCGCGCUGCUGUCCGUGGGGGCCGCCAAGGGGACCUUCUACGGGGGCCACGUCAACCCGUUCUACGGGAACAGAUACAACCUGUUCAAGGCCGGACUCAACCCCCCCCACGCCCCCAACAAGCCCAUGACCCGCCACAAAAACCACUGCGCCUACGUGGUCCAGAGGAACAUCACAUGCACCAUGCAGGACGGGGUGGCCACCUUCGUGAAGGCCGAGUACACCACCAAGUGCGUCUGGGGCCAGAAGUGUCCGGUUGUCAUGUACCGGACCUUCUACAAGCCGAAGUACAAGGUGGGGCUCAAGCAGGUGACGGAGCUGGAGUGGAGGUGCUGUCCCGGUUACUCCGGAGAGAACUGCUACGACGGACCCACCUCGCUGCCGGACGCCAUGGCGCCCCCUUUCAGGGGCCCCGGUGGCGGAGUGGUGCCCCCCCACCGCCCGGGCGUCAAGGGCUUCCCCCACGGCCCUCGACCCCCUGUGGACCAGCGGCCCGGCGGUGGCCAGCUGGAGCCCGGCAGACCCUUCCCCGGCUCGCCCAACUACGGAAACAAGUUCGGGGUCUCGGGCGUGACCGGCGAGCGCUUGGACCGCAUGGAGGAGGACCUGCGCCGCCUCACCCACGGCCUGGACACCCUCAACGGGGCGGUGGCCGGCCUAGAGGAGCGGCUGCGGGCGACCCUGCGGGAGGACGCCGGCAAGUUCCUGGCGUCCCUGCUGCCCAACCCGGCCCGCGUGUCCGACUCCGCCGUGGGGUUCGGGGUGAUCCCGGACGGGACUCCCGACGGACUGGAGGGAGGGGAGAGCUUCGCCGGGUUCGGAGACUUGGUGGGACGGGUGACGGAGGUGAAGGACGAGCUGCGAGCCAAAGCUCACAUCUUAGAGGAGAUUCAGGGGAUGGUCCUGGGCCACGAUGGCCAGCUGAAGCGGCUGCUGGACGGGGCCCGGGGCCGGCCCCUCCCUCAGCCCGGCUCCCCGCCGCACCUGGAGGAGGUCCUGGACGCCAGGCUGGCCGGCGUGAGGGCCGAGAUCCUGGACGGCUUCGAGCGCCGCCUGACGGGCCUGGAGAGCCACUGCGACGAGAAGAUGGGGGCGGUGCAGAGCCAGUGCCGCCGCGAGCACCUGGACGGCCGCGAGCAGAUGCAGCAGUCUCUGGACGGGCGGGAGACCGGGAUCCGGGAGGAGCUGGGCUCGCUGCAGGCUCAGAUCCAGGGUCUGACGCUCACGGAGAGCUGCUGUGGACAGGUGAACAGCCUGUCCCAGCGAGUGCUGCGCCUGGAGGAGUCCGUCAAAGGUCUGACCGAAUCCCAGCGGCAGCUCCAAGGCGCCCUCGGCGACCAGAGCAUCCACGUGGAGACGCUGAUCGAGACCCGCCUGGUGGACAUCGAGGGCCGCCUCAACGCCACGGAGGGCGGAGUCGACGGAGCGGCGGGGCUCCCCGGCGGCCUGGACGGCUUCAAGACCCUGCUGGAGGACAAGCUGAAGACCCUGGAGGAGAGAGUGUUGGUGGCGGUGGAGGAGCUGAGCAACGCCACCGCUCCGGCGCUCCUGGAGGGUCAGGUGGUGCCGGCGCUGGAGACGGAGCUGGAGUCCGUGAGGAGGAGGGUGGAGGGGGACCUGGACGGCAUUCAGAAACAGCUGACGGAUCUGGAGCUCCUCUGCACCUCGUCUUGCUCGGCGUCCGCCCCGCCGGCGGGGGGCGUCGGCGUCCCCGGAGCGGAGGAGGAGGAGUGCGAGGCGACGGGGAGGAAGGUGACGGACCGCCUGGACUCCCAUUCCAACCAGCUGGACCGCCUCAACAGCACCCUGCAGAACAUGCUCUUCCACAUCGCCCGGGAGGACUCGGAGGGCAUCGUGCAGGGCGAGAUCACCCUGCUGAAGGUCAACAUCAACUCGGUGAAUCGCACCCUGAAGGGCCUGAAGGACUCCAUCCGAUUCAUGGCGAGCGAGGUCGGCCACGCCAACGCCUCCUGGGAGCAGAGGGAGCACCAGAUCAUCAACCAGGUGCAAGGGAUCACCAGACUGGUGGGCCACCAGGCCUCCCUGCUGGGGGCCGGGGAGCGACGGCUGGCCCAGCUGAAGGGGGAGCUGGUGGCCCUGAAGAGGCGGCUGGCCGGGGAGCUGCGGGGCUGCCGGAGCACCGCCAUGGAGGUGCAGAGGGAGGUGAAGGACGUCGACAGCCGGGUGAGCAGCGUGGAGGGCCAGUGCGGCAGCCUGGGGGAGCUGGCGGAGCACCUGGAGCGCAUCAGGGCGGAGCUGGAGAGGCACUCGGACUCCUACCUGGCCGAGGUGAACGGCACGCGGGCGGCGCACUCGGAGGCGCUGAAGGGGGACGUCAUGGACAAGAACAAGACCAGUAGCAUCUGA